AUGCGCGUGACUCUCACGCCCAAGGACGAGGAUUGGCUGGUCGUGCUGAUGACGAGGGAGCGCCCGCGGUCGGCGGUGGUCGCGCCUGGGGGGGACGUCUUCACCGCCGGUGGCGGCGGGGAGACGUCCGAUGGGGACUCCUCAGAGUCGCUGGAAGAAAUUAGUGCCGCCGACUUUAAGGAGUCGUCCAGUGGCACCGCUGCUCCGUCGGCGUCGUCGCAGAGAUCUAGGGUUUGGAUGGGGUACACCAUGUCCCGGAGUUAUGCACCGGCGUUCCACAGCUUUGCUUGGGCGCAAGCUGUGCAGAACAAGCCUCUCGUUCCGCGGCCUGCUGCCGACGAGGACGAGGUAGAGCACCUCGUCGACACCUCGGACGAGGAGAAGGAAGAGGGCGAGAUUGAGGAGGGGGAGGCCGUACAGUCCACUUCCCCUCCAAUUAAGCAGCCUGAGACCAUCGACUUGGACUCUGAUGCGCAGGACAAGUCAGAGUCAGUGGACAUGGAGCAGACCCGUUUGGCCGUUGAGGCGGCUGAUGAGCUGGAUUUUGACCAGCGCGUGGGGAGUAUACUGGAGGAGCUUGAGAGGCUUUCCAUUGAGGAAGCUGAGAAGUCAUUUGAGGCUUCGUGUGCCCGCCUGCGGUCUUGCUUUGAGAGCCUUAAGCCGCUGUUCCCAGAGAGCGGUAGCCCGAUGCCUAUGCUUGAUGCUCUUGUGCAACAGGCUUUUGUUGGAAUCGACACCAUCACCACUGUAGCUAAUUCAUAUGCGAUGCCGAAGAGGGAGCAGAACAAGAACAUGCUGUUGAAGCUGCUGUUUCACAUAAAGAACAGAUAUUCAGACAUGCUGGCACUCAACCAGCGAGAUGAGCUCGAUAGUCGUGUGAGACAGUUAGUUUUUGUAGAUGGAGAAGACAAUGCCGGUUCCAAUUGUAGCACCAAAACAGUGAAUGUGGUUGUUCCAUCUGGACAGGUUCCAUCAGAUAGACUGCCAGUCGAGUCAGGAGCAGCAAAUCCACCUAGGGGCUCUAGUUUCCCCAGCUGGGAGAUACCGGCGAAUAAUAGAAUUGUUAGCCCCUUGUUGGACCUUCAUGCAGAUUAUGACGAGAACAGCUUACCCUCACCCACCCGAGUUAGUGCCCCACCUUUUCCUGUGCCAAAGCCCAUUGGGUUUGGAGUAUUUCCAAUGGCACCUGACAGAUAUUUUUCGGCAGAAAGAAUUGAUCCUUCAAAAAAUUUUCUUUAUCCAUGUGUGAAUGAUGCGCUAAAGGAUGUUUCCUCGUACCGACAGAAGUAUGGCCCGACGUCUACCUUUGCAAGUGAUGAUCUUCCAAGCCCAACCCCAUCUGAUGAUGGGGAUAAAUCUGGAGACAAAGAAGGUGAUAUAUUUGGUGAAGUUUCAAGCUUUUCAGCUUCUAAUAAGUCUGCUCCGCCAAGUGGGAAUCUGAUGCCUGCUUCCCGACCUAGUGCAGUUAUCAGCAGCAAUGACAGUUUUGCAGGUGGUCCUCCAGGUUAUGCUAAACAAAUUGAACAGUCUGUUUCAGGACCCAGCCAUGCUCUUAAGCCUUCAGCUAAAAGUAGAGAUCCAAGGCUCAGGUUUUUGAACCGUGAUUCUGGUGGUACUGCAGAUGCAAAUAUACAUGUAAAUUUGGCAGAGCCAAAUGCUUCCAAAGAUGGGACCUUGGGGGGUGUUGUAUCAGAUAAUAGCCGGAAGCACAAGGCAACUGGCCAACCUCUCAUGGAUGAAACCGUGUUAAAAAGAGCUAGGGAGAGUACUGGGAGUCCCAGAGACAUUCUGGUACCACCUGGUAGAGAUGGAAGUAACAUCAGCUCCUAUUCAGGUGACAGGGUUCAAUCAAAUAAGCAUACAGGGCUUGAAACUAAGACAGCCAGGAAUCCUAGUAUUAGGACCAGUAGUCAACUUAUUAGCAAUGUAAGUAGUAUCCCAGACAGUACUGGAACUCUCCAAGCCUCCCAACCUAAUUCAGUUCCACAGACCAGUGCAGCUCCUAUUGUUUCAUUGCCUGCAGUGUUAAAGGACAUUGCUGUGAACCCGACUGUGCUCAUGCAUUGGAUUCAAAUGGAACAUCAGAAGAGGUCCGCAUCAGAGCCUCAGCCUGCUUCAGGUAUCAUCUCUAGUGGCAUGAUCAAUAAUGUCACUGCUGGGAUGGUUAUACCACCUGGCAAUGCUCUGAAGACCGCAGAAGUUGCACACAUUCCUUCUUAUAGGCCACAAGCAACAUCGCAAACAGCCUCUGUGAAUUCACAAAAUGACCCUGGAGUAAUACGUAUGAAGGCGCGUGAUCCCCGUCGUGUCCUCCACAAUAACACAUCACAGAAGAACGAUACUCUGAACUCUGAUCAAGCCAAAAGCAAUGGUAUCGCCCUGCCGGCCUUCCAGGACAGCAAAGACAAUUUGAUUAACCGUCAACAACUGGCAGAGCAACUUCAGACUACUGUGUUGCCAUCUCAACCAGUCUCAUUAUCCAGCAUUGCUCGACAGUCCACCAUGAGCGCGAGUAAGGUCGAUCCUGUCUCUAAUUCACAGUUAGCUGCUUCAUCACUCAUUGCUCCUCAAGAAAGUUUAGUCAGCGUAAAUAGGGCAGAUCCAAGAGUAGCUGCUGGACAGAAUGAUUCCAAUAAUGCUGCCCCUGCUACAACACUUGGUACCAGGCCACCAGCUAACCAGUGGGGUGAUCUUGAUGAUCUCCUUAACGGUUAUGAUGACCAGCAGAAGGCUCUCAUACAGAAGGAAAGGGCAAGACGGAUCAUGGAACAGCACACGAUGUUUUCAUCGAGGAAACUUUGUUUAGUGCUUGAUUUGGAUCACACUCUCCUCAAUUCUGCGAAGUUUAUAGAAGUGGAUCCUAUUCAUGAAGAGAUUUUGCGGAAGAAAGAGGAACAAGACUGGGAAAGGUCAGAGCGGCAUCUGUUCCGAUUCCAUCAUAUGCAAAUGUGGACUAAACUAAGACCAGGAAUAUGGAAUUUUCUCGAGAAGGCGAGCAAGCUUUACGAGUUACAUCUGUACACGAUGGGGAACAAGCUGUAUGCUACUGAGAUGGCUAAGGUUCUUGAUCCUAGUGGAACCCUGUUUGCAGGGAGAGUAAUCUCAAGGGGUGGUGAUGGUAUCUCAAGAGGUGGUGACGGUGAUACAUUUGACAGCGAUGACCGUGUACCAAAAAGUAAAGAUCUUGAUGGGGUAUUGGGGAUGGAAUCUGCAGUAGUGAUCAUCGAUGACUCUGUGAGAGUCUGGCCCCACAACAAAAACAAUAUGAUUGUUGUAGAGAGAUACACCUAUUUCCCUUGCAGCAGACGGCAAUUUGGCCUUCCUGGACCAUCACUUCUUGAAAUUGAUCGUGAUGAAAGGCCUGAGGAUGGCACUCUUGCUUCUUCGUUGGCGGUUAUUGGGCGCAUUCAUCAAAACUUCUUUUCUCAUCCCAACCUCAAUGAUGCUGAUGUGCGCAGCAUACUAUCAUCUGAGCAGCGGAGGAUCCUUGCCGGCUGCCGUAUUGUCUUUAGCCGGAUUUUCCCUGUUGGAGAGGCUAACCCCCACUUGCAUCCUCUCUGGCAGACUGCAGAGCAGUUCGGUGCAGUGUGCACGAACCAGAUUGACGAUCGGGUUACUCAUGUUGUCGCCAACUCACUAGGAACCGACAAGGUGAAUUGGGCACUACAAACAGGCAGAUUCGUCGUUCAUCCAGGAUGGGUAGAAGCUUCAGCACUUCUAUACCGGCGUGCCAAUGAACACGAUUUUGCAGUAAAAUAA